GAUGAAUCAACCGUGCAAGAACAGUUCCUAUAAAUGGAUCAACACUUUCAUAACGGAUGCAGCAACAAUAUGAACGCGACGCCGUUAAACGAUACAACCGAAGAGAAUGUAAUCGACAUCGUCGAGCGAGAUGAAAACCUGGCAAAAAUUGAAAUUGCCACUUUAGCUAUUAUAUUUCUCGUAACCAUUAUUGGCAACGGUACGGUACUGUUAGCUUUAUGGACAAGAAGACGAUACGCCGGAAGGAAAAAGCUUUCAAGAAUGUAUUUUUUCAUUUUGCAUCUAAGUGUAGCCGAUUUAAUAACCGCGUUUUUAAGCGUUUUACCACAAUUAAUAUGGGAAGUAACGUUCAGAUUUCGGGGUGGAUUUAUUCUGUGCAAAUUAGUGAAAUUCGGACAAACUUUAGGACCAUAUUUAAGCUCGUAUAUCUUGGUAGCAACGGCUAUAGAUAGACAUCAAGCGAUUUGUUAUCCGUUAACUUAUUGUUCGUGGACAUCGAGGAGAUCAAAAGCUAUGGUAUGGAUUGCGUGGGGAGUUAGCUUAUCAUUUUGUAUUCCACAGAUAGAAAUAUUUACUUAUCAAGAAGUUGAAGUGGGAACUUGGGAUUGUUGGGCUACGUUUUCUGAAAAUUGGGGUGAAAGAGCUUACGUAACAUGGUAUAGCAUAUCUGUCUUCAUAGUUCCACUAAUAGUACUAAUAGUGACGUACACGUCGAUUUGUCGUGAAAUAUGGCAAAGCUCAGUCGGGGAAUUAAGUACAAGACCUAGACAAGCAUCUACUAGAUCUCCGGAAACGAGAGUCCCAUUGAUUUCAAGGGCUAAAAUAAACACCGUCAAGCAAACGAUCGCGGUCAUAGUAAUGUACGUGAUUUGUUCCACACCGUUUAUCUUUGCACUGUUAUGGGCAACAUGGGAUCCUCAUGCAGCAGAUAUCCCCUUCUUUAAAGGUCCUGAAUUCACGAUUCUAACCCUACUCUACAGUUUGAAUAGUUGUGUGAAUCCGUGGAUUUAUUUGGCUUUCAACAGGGAGUUACCUCGGUUACUUUUAAGACAUUAUACAGUGUCAAGUAAUAAUUAUAGAACUACAGCGGCAGGUAACAGCACGAGUAACUCUUCUGGUGGUUUUGAUACCGCUUCUUUACGUCCGUUAUCGAGGUGGUCAAUCUGUAACAAUGCGAGACCGAAAUUUCCGGGUAGAAGUCGACCUCAUGUCCACUGCAGUUCACGUAGAUGGAUCGUCACAACAACGACAUGAAACAACUUUCCCGGAAGUGGCCUAAACGGCGGUCCCACUUCCGGGUGUUCAUCAUUGGGUGAAAUCACUACAGAAGUGAUCGUCGUCGACGUCAAUAGUGAAACUGUGAUGUAAUUUCGAUUGAUUUUUUAGUGAAAUAAAAAAGUUUUAGUGAUUUGUUUAAAAAAUUCUGCUCACGAAACUUUUUUGUAAUAAAUCUUGUUACCGUUUUAAAAUUGGUGUUAAAUUAAUCCAACAAAAUUUAAUUCAGAUCAAAAUAUUAACAAUAUCUCAGGGAAACUUUGAAGUACGCUUUACGUGGGUUAUUAGAUGGUCGGAAUUCCCAAGAGAAAGUUCAAAAUGAAAAAAAUGCUAAUCCCGAAUAUUGGUAAAGUUUGGGUUCACUUCAUUCGUUAAAGGAACUUUGAACAUUUUUAUUCGUCCUUUGUUUGAGGUAGGUUAAAACUUAAAAGACAAGAAUGCUUUCAGUGAAACUUCACUUCGCAUACAAAGUAUGUGUUGUAACUUGUAAAGGAAUAAAAAAGAAUUUAAUAUAAUUAAAAAAAGAAAAUAUUUAUAAAUGUUUUUAGAUGCUAGCAACUCAUCGUAUUGUAUACUAAAUAACUUUUAUUGUAAAAUAUUGUAAUGGUUAUGUGUUGUGAAUUUUAACAUCGAA